GACCCGCCCCCUGUGAGAGGCCCCGCCGCCUGAGCCCCGGGAGCCCGGGCGCCUCGUGAUGUCACGGCAGCUUUGAUACAAAGAGCCCCUUCGGCCCACGCGGGUCUCCCGGCAACGGGUGCGGGCGGGGGCGGGACCGGCGGCUUCAACUGGUGUGGAGCAGCGCGCCUCCGGGAUUGUUUUCUGAGCACGGUGCUGGCUUCGUCCCCGUACGCCCCGCCCGACCCGACUCGAUCAGCGGCCCGCUUCUUGUUCCUCUGCAGCGGCCCGACCUGCGGCCGGUCGGGGGAUGCGCUCCCCGCCGGCUCCCGGAUGCCAGGGCAGCGACUUCUCUGGCUCUACCUUUGCUGAUGGCGAGCUCCUCCCCAGGGAACCCGACGACGUCUUCCAGGAAGACGAGGAGGAAGCGAUGACAUUGGCCCUACCUGAGGGACCCCAGGAGUUAGACAUGGACAGCCCCAUGGAGAGCAGCCAGGGCCCGGAGGGCUCCGUCAGGACUUCUGGCGAGGAAAAGGAGCCUGAGCUGGGGGGCCUGUUCCUGCCAGAGGACAAGUCCCUCGUCCUCACUCCAUCCAUGACCACAUCAGACCUUUCUACUCACUCCACCGCCUCUCUCAUCAGCAACGAGGAGCAAUUUGAAGACUAUGGCGAGGGGGAUGACGUGGACUGUGCUCCCAGCAGCCCUUGCCCCGACGAUGAGACCAGAACCAAUGCCUACUCAGACCUAGGAUCUUCAGUGUCUUCCAGUGCGGGACAGACCCCGAGGAAGAUGCGACACGCCUACAACAGUGAGCUGCUGGACGUAUACUGCUCUCAGUGCUGCAAGAAGAUCAACCUGUUGAACGACCUGGAGGCCCGGCUGAAAAACCUGAAGGCCAACAGCCCCAACCGGAAGAUCUCAAGCACAGCUUUUGGACGGCAGCUCAUGCACAACAGUAACUUCAGCAGCAGUAACGGCAGCACCGAGGACCUGUUCCGUGACAGCAUCGACUCCUGUGACAAUGACAUUACGGAGAAGGUGAGCUUCCUGGAGAAAAAGGUGACGGAGCUGGAGAACGACAGCCUGACGAGCGGGGGCCUGAAGAGCAAGUUGAAGCAGGAGAACCUUCAACUGGUGCACAGGGUGCAUGAGCUGGAGGAGAUGGUGAAGGAUCAGGAGACCACAGCGGAGCAGGCCCUGGAGGAGGAGGUCCGAAGACACCGUGAGGUCUACUGCAAGCUGGAGCGGGAGAAGAGCACAGAGCUGGAGUUGCUCAACACCAGGGUGCAGCAGUUGGAAGAAGAGAACACAGAUCUGAGAACGACAGUGGCUCGACUCAAGUCACAGACAGAGAAGCUGGACGAGGAGCGGCAGCGCAUGUCUGACCGGCUGGAGGACACCAGCCUGCGACUGAAGGACGAGAUGGACCUUUACAAGCGCAUGAUGGACAAGCUGCGGCAGAACCGCCUCGAGUUCCAGAAGGAGCGGGAGGCGACGCAGGAGCUCAUCGAGGACUUGCGGAGAGAGCUGGAGCACCUGCAGAUGUACAAGCUGGACUGCGAGCGGCCAGGUAGGGGCCGCAGCUCAUCUGCCCUUGGCGAGUUCAACGCCAGAGCCCGUGAGGUGGAACUGGAGCAUGAGGUCAAGCGUCUGAAGCAGGAGAAUCACAAGCUGCGGGAUCAGAAUGAUGAUUUAAAUGGGCAGAUCCUGAGCCUCAGCCUCUACGAGGCGAAGAACCUCUUUGCCACCCAGACCAAAGCCCAGUCUCUGGCUGCAGAAAUCGACACAGCAUCUCGAGAUGAGCUAAUGGAGGCCCUAAAGGAGCAGGAGGAGAUCAACUUCCGGCUGAGACAGUACAUGGACAAGAUUAUCCUGGCCAUACUGGACCACAACCCAUCCAUCCUGGAGAUCAAACACUGAGUCAGGGCUGGCUGCAGAGCGGCCGUCGGACCUGGGGCCAGGGGGCAGGCCCGCCUGAGGGUGAAGAUGCAGGCUUCCCCCACGCUCACUCAGUACCCGGACCUCCGACCACCCUGUGUGUGUCCUGAUGUAUGUGCAGGGGGCUGUGCACACACAGGAAAGGAGUGAGCUUAGGGCCACGGUCGUGGGUGAUAACCCAUGGUGGGCUGUGUGUGCACUUUGUAGCCCCUUUGUGAGGGGCAGAGGGGACUGGAUGUGGGAGGGACACUCUCAGGAGUUAACAGCAAGGCCUGGAAGCUUGCAUUUAGGAUAUUGAUGGAAUGAUUCUACCUCUGUGGAUAAGGGUUAGAAGACACUCUCAGGAGAUGGGUUCUUGCUCCUCCCCGACUCAAGUGGGGACAAAGCUGUUACAUUCUCCAGAAUUCGGUGUCCUUGACAGCCUUUCAGGCAAUCUUUCAAGCCGGGUUUUGUUUUAUUUUGUUUUGUUUUUGUUUUUUUAAGCUCAGAGGAAGGGGUAUUGGAGAGACCCCUGCGGGCUAGCCCUCUGGGGUGCAGGUAUUGGAGAGACCCCUGCGGGCUAGCCCUCUGGGGUGCAGGUAUUGGAGAGACUCCUGUGGGCUAGCCCUCUGGGGUGCAGGUAUUGGAGAGACCCCUGUGGGCUAGCCCUCUGGGGUGCAGGUCCAGUGGACUCAGACUUACAGAGAGUGUGCACUGCCCAUGCCUUUGGGCUGAGUCCAUCAUAGUCUUGCUCGCCUACCUCCCCUUUCUGGUUUGGCUUCCUUUUGAGGAUAUAAGCAGGGUUCAGCUGGGGGUGGAAGGAAAGCCAAGAAGGGUAGGGUGCCCUGAGCAGGUGUGAGUUAGCACUGGGGGCCAAAAGGAGUGAUUGCCUGGGAGAGAGAGGUGUGUUUUCAUGGCUGCGUUGUCACACGUGACCUGUCUGGGUUCCGUGCUCCUUGGUGAGGACAGGCCUAGGGAAGGUUUCCAAGACGGGCAGACACCCUUUGCCACGGCUUUCAGACUCACCUGCAUCUGGUUAGAGAGCAGACACUGCUGGCAGGAGGUCCAGCGGAGAACACUGGAGGAACCUUAGUCUUCCAUUCUGUGAAUACCUGAUGGGAAUUCACCCCUGGGGAGGGGCGGUUAACAUGUGAUCUGGGAGCAGGUCUGUCCUGGGAGCGUUGGGUUUGUCGCAGUUUAUAGGGCCUGUGAUCGGUGUCCUCACCCCAGCUCCUGGAGAGGCGCGUGGUCUCAAGGCUUCCCCUUCAGGUUGUCUUCCUGAGCACAUCUUGUGUAAAAAGGAAGACUUGGGCGUGUCGGAGAGGCUAGUGGGCAGAAAGGAGGCACAGCUGAAGGUGAAGAGGGCACUUGGCGAGUGUGUGCCGCUUGGCAGAGCCGGGGCUGUGGCCAGUUUCAGCCAAGUCACUGUGCUUUCUGUGGCUUUUGAGAUUCCUUUUAAUCAUGUACAUAGAGUUCAUCUCUUGCCGCACAGAUGGUGGGUGCACCUGGUCUGCCUGGAUAAACCACACCAGGAAGAUGGAAAAGCUGGAUCUGGGGAUACAGGGUCUCCUUCCCUGGGGUCUGGGAAGAUAUGGAGAAAGGAGACUGGGUAAGGAGUCUCGUGAGGAAGAAUGGGAAGAUGACCAUGGCUCGAGGUUGGUCCAGGUGCCGUGCUGGCAGAAUGCAGAGGCCAGCUGAUGUGGGGCCUGGUCAGAGGGCCUACGCUCAGGAGUAUUUCAGACUUGAAAUUGUGUGGGCCGCCUGCUUCAUUUGUGGGUUUCCCACAGAGGCCAGAGUCACAAUGUCACAGAAGAGGAAGGACGGCUUUAGGCCCAAGUUGUAGGGCUAGAAGAGUGGGCUCCCUGAUGAAACUUUCACCCGGGUUUGGAGGCCCUGUGGACCUGGACGCUUGCUAUAGGCCUCCGGAAGAAUGAUUUCUGAAUGUGGUCUCACACACACACAUACACACACACACACACACACACACACACACACCUCAGGUGAAAUCCAGCCUUCCUACUUUCCUCAGCCAGAAUACACUUAGAAAACUUCGUCAGCUUCUCCAUAGAUCAUGUUUGCUGAAGUUUCUCUUCUCUCUCUCUCUCUCUCUCUCUCUCUCUCUCUCUCUCUCUCUUUUUUGAGACACUGUUUUACAUUGUAGCCCUGCUGGCUACCCUGAAACUCAAGGCCAUUUCCCUCAGUGCUGGGAUUACAGGCAAGAAUCACCACACCCAUUUUACUUUUAAAAUAUCUUUUUAAAAUGUUCUGGGUUAGAAGACCCAGGGGCCCCAGUGCCACACCACCCACAGGAGGUUCCAGAACUUUCCUUGCUUGGGAAGAAUCUGGUCUCUAUCUCUGCUGCCCCCCUGGCUUGCUUUCCAGUUGUGAGCUCCUGCUUGACUUUCAUGCAUCUAGAUGUUCGACUUGGUGUCCAGUUAGAUUUGGGUUUCAGAUAAACAGGAGGUUUUAGAAUCACGAUGUACCAUGCCUUCCUUGGUGGUUAGGAAGCUUUUUAACAUCCCAAUCCUCAUAAGUUCUAACCAUUGGCUCAGGUGUGGCCCAGGCCUCGGAAGGUUUUGAGAAUGUCUCAGGUGAUGCUCAUUUAGUUAGGUCUCCAUGAAGUCGGUGUUGCUCUUUCCAAGUUAGACAACUUCCUCAGGGAAGGGUCAGCAGGAACUUGCUAAGAUCAAGGUAGGUUGGGGGCCGUGUGGGGGAUGCACCUUUCUUGUGACACUUAGCUGUCCUUAUAUUCCAUUGGGAGCCAAACAUAAUGAGCUACUGUCUUCCUGGGUUGUUUACUUUUAGUUUUGAAUUAGCCCAAUUUUCUUUUAGACCAGUAGUUUUCUUUGAGAUUCUACGAAGGAAGUUCCUUUCGAAAAUUUUAUGUCUGAUAUACUAAAACCACGGAGCUCAAGGACCAAGCAGAACCCCGGGCCUUGAGCCUGAGUCGGCCAGGUUGGCUGUGUGCUGGUGUCGCACAUCUGAUGCUGGGUGGCCUGGGAGUGUGGCACGGAGGUGGAGUGCCUGGCGAGGGGUUCAGUCCCCAGCAGCAUGGAAAGACAUUGAUGACAGGACCAACUCUGACUUCCAUGGCCGAGCACCCAUAUCUCCAACGACCUUCCCAAGUGUUGUUCAUGCACAACUCAAGGCGGAGGCUCCUAAAGCGUGUGAAAUGUCUGCUGAGUUCCAGCAGGGCUGGAGAAGCAUGCCGAUGGCCCAGAGGAUGGGUACUUAUGCCACUGAGAGAGCGUCCAGCCACUCCCACUGCUCUGCAAGUCUUAUCCUAGAGGGACAGGAUACAAGUGCUGGCAUAUGACUGGGCGUAGGCCCAUCGGGAAGUGGAGGCAGGUGGGCAGGGAAGGGCUGGACCGUGAAAGCAGCCUCAGAUGCCCGGGCCACUUGCCUCUGUAUGUUUUGUCCAUUUUCUGAGGGUGUCCCAGUUGGUCCCCUGUCAGUGCCAAAGCAGCACCCAACCCACACUCCGGAGAACUCGAGGUAAUAGUCCGAUAUCUAGUUAGUCCUGAGCUGUGGUCCUUAUUGGUUCUGAUGGUCCAAGGGCUGUUGGUACGUAUCGGGCUGUGUAGGGGAUCCGGAGACUCUACAGCAAGGCCCAAGGGAUCAGGAGGACUUCACUCAUCUGAGGGCCAUUGGCAAAUCUACACCUGUCUAGACAUGACUGAUGGGACCUGGGAAAGAUUUAGGGUAGUCACCAGGAUGUCCAGUGAUUCUGUAGAGGUCCAGGUGAAGCUCUUUAGGGCCUCAGUGCUGCCUGUUAUCCCCAGUCUACCCACCCCUCACUGGGGCCCAAGGGCUUCCCUCUGUGGUGGCUCCUCAGGCUGGUAUCACUAGCAUGCACUUGCCGAGGGGCCUCAGGUUAGAGCAGCCAGAUCUUCACAGGACCAUGAUGUCCUGACUUUCACCCUGACAGAUUGUACUUGCAAUGGAUGUGCCCCGGGGAAAAGAGGAGGUAGCACCUUUGGGGAGGGAGGGAGAGCUCUGCAACUCUGCCAUCUUUUAGCUGCUCGGCUAAGAAAAUAGACUCUUCUGGAAAAGGCUUUGUUUCUGAAAGCAUAGCAAGGUGGCAGGCCUUGAUACCCUAUUGAACUGAUAGCUUCCGUGUCCCUUCCUUGUGGGCGCCUCUUUUUCCUAUCAUGACUGUAUUGUAGGGAUGUGUAUUUCUGGGGUACCUUCUAGAGGGCAGCAUCCCCGGCCACCUGUCCUACAAGCCUGUGUUCUGAUGGCCUUGUCUCUUGGGACUGCUUUACCGUGUCCUGCACUGUUUCCUGUCUGCAUGGUUUGGGGUCCUUGUGCCUUUUUUCCUUGUUACCACCACACAGGAUUCACUGUUACCCACUGCCCCCUUUUGUACAUCCCCUUACCCCACCUCCCCCAGUCCUGUGUGUUCACGUGUGCAGCCACAUGCCUUUCCUGAGGCCAGCUGGCAAACACUUUACCCCACCAGGCCUUGAUUUCCCAUAGCCCCCCAGCUCUGUUGACUUGGUAACUUUUGUACAGGAGUUUGUUACAGUCUUAAGCAUAGGGACCACUUAAUCGCCUGUGUACCUGCAGCUAGUGUAGAAGCCCUGCAUCCCAGACAAGGGUAGCUUUGUGCAGACCAGCCUCUCCCACAGACCUCUUCCUCAUGGAUUCAGAUAUUUAUUAUAAAAAGACCGCUUUCCUUUAACGUGAGGCACUGGCCCCAGCAGGGAGGUUGCAGGUCUGCAAAGCUCUGUGCAUGGCGCUUCUGGAGGAAGCCCCGGCCAUGUGGUUUCCAGUGCUUGGCAAUACAUCUGGGUUCAGGGCCAUGGCCUCUCGUGUUUCCCCUGAUGUGUGCUGAAGGAAGUCAUUUGCUGCUGUCCCUGCCUGCUCUCACUACCUGUCCAGCCCUUCCUUGUCUGCUGGUGCUCAGACCAGAGUGCCAUUAAUCACCAGACUAAUGUCUGCACCGGACAGAGUGUGCUGAGGACUCGCGGCCUGUUGUCAGCUCCCAGCUUCUACUUCUCAUGUUGUGGGGCAGGGCCUUCUGGGGCCCAGGUGGGAGAAGCUAUAGGAGAUAGGUUCUGACUUUCCAGGGACUACAUCUGGGGCUUUGCCCCAGAAGCCAGUAAUUGCAAAUGGCCUUAGCUUUGGGGUUGGGAAGAGGCUUCCACUUUGGGCCCCAGGGAGAGGAGGAUGGGGUGCAGCCCAGGCCCUGAACUGUUUGUUUCCACUCUGUUGUCUCCAGAAACAGGCUUUCAGUGGUGGGCACCUUCCAAGGAACUGUAAUGUACAGACCACAAUGUAAAUAAAAAAUUGGCUUUUUGUGCCUGA